AUGUCGGGAUUAUCUAAAUGUGUGGUUACAUUACUCGGUCAACCUGGGGUCGAUGAACGGGACCACAGAACUAGUCACCCAAGCCAUACUCUAAGAUUCAUUACCCCCAAAUCAAAACUGGUAGAAGCAGAUGAAAUACCAUUAAAAGAAUCGAUUUUUCUUCAGACUGAACUAAAUUGUGUAUAUCGUUAA